GAUCAAGUCACAGCACACACACACACAUUCACUCAGACUCUCAUACCUCUUAGAGACUCCUGCAGACACACACUCAGCUGAGGACAAAUAAGUCAAUAUUUAACCAGACCGGAUUGUACAGCAAGACAGAGACAAGAGAGGAGGAGGUCUUGAAGUCGGACUGGAAGGACGCUUUUAUUUUGCAGCUGGAUACAAACUUUCCCCCUGAACUCUCGGGUCAAACGAAGCGGGAAGGAGUCGGGAGUUUUUCUUUCUUAUUUAUUGUUGGACUUUGGACUGGGACUGGGCGCAGUGAGAGGAAGGAGAUGGGGAGAUGGUCGUUGCAUCUCUUGCAGCUCGGGCUGUUAGCCGUGCUGCUGUCCUGCUGUCAGGCUCAAGAGAACUACUGUUUCGAAGCCAGAGACAAAACCUGCUCCGAGUGCCUGCAGGCGGGGGUGGGCUGUGCAUACUGCUCUGAUGAGGCGUUCAACUGGCCCCGCUGUGACCUGGAAGCCAACAUACAGGCUCACGGCUGCAGCGGCAGUCAGGUCAUCACCGCUAAAAGCAGCAAGAAGACUGAAAGAAACCAGGCGAUCAACAUGAUGCUCAGCCAGUCUCAGGUUUCUCCUCAGAUGAUGAGCAUGAGUUUCCUACCAGGCGAGGAGAAGGAUGUGAAUGUGGAGGUGUUUGCUCCGACUAAAGGUCCUCUGGAUCUGUAUAUUCUCAUGGACUUCUCCAACUCCAUGAAGGACGAUUUAGACAACUUGAAGAAGAUGGGCAAAAAGCUGGCUGAAGUGGUUCAGACGCUGUCCGAUAACUACACCAUUGGGUUUGGGAAGUUUGUGGACAAAGUGAUCGAGCCGCAGACGGACAUGAGACCAGACAAACUAAAGAAGCCAUGGCCGGAAAGCGACCCUCCGUUCGCUUUCGAAAACGUCAUCAAGCUAACGAGCGACCCGGAUUUCUUCAUCAAUGAGCUCCAGAAGGAGAGGAUUUCUGGAAACCUGGACCCUCCUGAAGGAGGUUUUGACGCCAUACUGCAGGCAGCAGUUUGUACGGAGAGGAUCGGCUGGCGCAAACACAGCACUCACCUGCUGGUUUUCUCCACCGAGUCGGCCUUCCACUACGAGACCGACGGCGCCAACGUCCUGUCGGGGAUCCUGAAGCGAAACGACGAGCAGUGCCACCUCGACUCAAACAACAAAUACACCGAGGACAUUCACCAGGAUUACCCGUCCAUUCCCACGCUGGUCCGCCUGCUGGGAAAACACAACAUCAUCCCCAUCUUCGCCGUCACAAACCACUCCUUGUCCUACUACGAGAAACUCCAAACAUAUUUCCCCAUCGCUGAAGUCGGUGAGCUGCAAGCAGACUCAUCCAAUAUCCUGCAAGUCAUGGAGACCGCCUUCCAGAAUAUCCGGUCUAAGACGAGCAUCCGUACACAGGACAAACCCAAGGCUUUUGAGACGCGGUUCCUGGACACCAGUGGAGUCGUCAAACAGUAUGGAGACUUUGCUUUCCAGCCUGGAGCAAUAGGCAAGUUCCAGAUGAAAGUCAAAGCCCAGCGAAUGGUCGAUAAGAAUCCGGUCUGUCAGUCGGAUCAGGCCUCCAAAGAGGGAACAAUGCUAAUCAAACCAACAACCUUCAACGCCGGCUUGAACAUUAAAGCCUCCGUGCUGUGUCCGACCUGCCCCUGUGAGAAGACUCCCAUCCCUAAUGCAGAAAUGUGUCACAGACAUGGAGACCUGGUGUGUGGGAAGUGUCGGUGCCAUGAUGGCUGGUUGAGUACGUUCUGUAACUGCUCGGCCAGUGCCUCAGCCAAAGACAACAGCCAGUGCAUCAGUCCGGGGACGAAGGUCAUCUGCUCGGGUCGGGGGGAUUGUGCAGCCUGUGGCUCCUGUGUUUGCUACAACCCCAACCGGUUUGAGGGACCGUACUGCCAGUACGACAAAACCCAGUGUCAACGCUACGGAGGAUUCCUGUGCAACGACCAUGGCUCCUGUGUUAUGGGGGAGUGUGCCUGCGUUCCGGGAUGGAAGGGGAAAGCCUGCGAAUGUCCCAAAAGCAACCAGACCUGUCUGGACUCUAAAGGAGGUGUGUGUAACGGGCGAGGUAAAUGUGUGUGUGGCCGCUGCGAGUGUCCCGACUCUGGAAUCGAAUUGACUGCAACCUGUGAGCCCAAUUUCCAGACCCUGAUGGGCGUGUGCGAGGGUACUAGGAGUUGCGUUCAGUGUCAGGCGUGGAAAACGGGAGAAAUUAAAGAGAAAGACAAAUGUGCAAAGUGCUCCUUUAAUAUCACCCUGGUGGAUGAACUCAAACCAGCGGAUAAGGUGCUGGAUGCGUGUAGUUUCCGUGAUGAGGAUGAUGAUUGUACUUAUCGUUACACUGUGGAAAACACAAAGUACCCCACAGUGAAAGGCCUGGAGGUCCAGGUGCUGGAGAAGAAAGAUUGUCCCCCAGCGAGCCUCCUCUGGCUGCUUCCUCUGCUCCUCUUCCUCCUGUUGUUGCUCGCCCUCCUCCUGCUCUGCUGCUGGAAAUACUGCGCCUGCUGCAAAACCUGCUGCGCGAGCUGUCUCGCCCUGCUGCCGUGCUGCAGGAGAGGUCGCAUGGUCGGCUUUAAGGAGGACGAGUACUUGCUCCGUCAGUCUCUGCUCACCUCGGAUCACCUCGACACCCCGAUGGUGAGGACCGGCCCGCCCAAAGGCACCGACGUCGUCCGCUGGAAAAUCACCGACAACGUGCACCGACCCCCGAACCACCCGCAGGCUCUGAUCAAACCAAACCCCAAAGAGAUCAUCCAGUACCCGAUCUCCCUCCGGUUAAACAGAUUAUUCUCCGAGAACCUCUCCCGCCCCGAAUCCAGAGACGCCGAGCAGCUCCGCAAAGAAGUGUCCGACAACCUCAACGAGGUGUACAAGCAGAUUCCCGGAGCCCAGAAGGUCCAGAAAACCGCCUUCAGGAUGCAGAGAAAUGCCGGAAAAAGGCAGGAAUACGCCAUCAUGGAUUCCGUCCUCUCCGCUCCUCGCAGCAGCUUCCCCGAUAUCGUCAAACUCACGGAGAAAAACGUCCAGUCAGGAAACGUGAACAGCCUCAAAGUCGUGCCGGGAUACUACACCGUGGCCACAGACAGAGAGGCUGCCGGAGCCGUGGAGUUCCAGGAAGGCGUGGAGUCUGUAGACGUUCACGUGCCGCUCUUCGUUAAAGAUGAAGACGACGACAAGAAGCAGCUGCUGGUGGAGGCCGUCGACGUGCCGCUGGGCAUCGCCGAGAUCGGAAAACGCCUGGUCAACAUCACCAUCAUCAAAGAGCACGCCACCAGCAUCUUCUCCUUCCUGCAGCCGGCGUACACCUACAGCCGGUCGGACGGAGUCGCCAACAUCCCGAUCAGCCGAGAGAUCAUCGAGAACGGACGAACGCAGGUUACCUACCGAACACGAGACCAGACGGCUAAAGACAAGAAGGACUACAUCAACGUGGAAGGAGACCUGAGCUACGGUCCUGAUGAGACCCAGAAAAUAGUUCCCGUCCGUCUGCUGGAGCUCAGCGAGAAAGACGGCCUCCUGGAGGACAAGCAGGUCCGGCAGUUCGUGAUGGACCUCAGUAACCCCAGACAGGGAGCCAAGCUGGGACGCUAUCCGAGGACCACGGUCACCAUCGCAGACCUGCCAGAUCCCAGUGUGGUGAUGUUCAAAAAGGGAACGCAGAACUUCACCACCUCUGACCCGACCUACACUGUCCCCGUGGUUCGCACUCGCAACCCGGACAGUGCCUCCACCGUGAAGUGGAGAACCAAGAAGUCCUCGCGCCUCGACCUGUCCGGCGUUCUGAAGUUCAACCCUGGGGAGACGGAGAAGAACAUCGUGAUCGACCCCAGAUCCAAACCGGGUCCCGUGACGCCCGAGACGUUCCAGCUGGAGCUAUUCGACCCGAGCAGCAACACCUCCGUCGGAGAGAGGAAGACCACACAGAUCAACGUCAACGACGGAGGUCCCAGGUCUCCGGAGAUCGCCCAGACACAGAAGAAGGGUUUCAUGAACAAUUUAGCCACCUCCCCCGGUGGCCAUCCUCUGUCCCCUGGAAACCUCAAGGCCAAAGCAACCGGACCCCGAAACAUCCACCUCAACUGGGACCCGGCAUCCGGGAACAUCCAGGGGUACAAGGUAAAGUACUGGAUCUAUGGCGACCCGGAGAAAGAGGCCAAGGUGUUGGAUGUGAAGACGCCUCACGCUGAGCUGACCGACCUGCUACCGUACUGCGACUACGAGAUGAGAGUCUGCGGGUACAACGCCAUGGGAGACGGAUACGACACAGACAUGGUGGCCUGUCAAACACUGGAGGACGUUCCCGGUGAACCCGGACGUCUGGCCUUCAACGUGAUCAGCCCGACCGUCACUCAGGUCAGUUGGGCCGAGCCUGCAGAAACCAACGGGAAAAUCACGGCCUAUGAAGUCAUCUACACCCCCAUCGAUGAGGAGAGGAAGCCCGAAGGCGCCGCCAAGAAGAUAAAGAUCGACAACCCCAAGAAGCGCAUGCUGCUGAUCGAGAACCUGCAGAGAGCCCAGACCUACCAGUACAAAGUCCGGGCCAUGAACAGCAUCGGCUGGGGCCCCUUCAGGGACGCCACCAUCAACCUAGCAUCGCAGCCCACAAGACCCCUGUCCAUUCCCAUCAUCCCAGACAUUCCCAUCAUUGACGCAGAGGCCGGAGAAGAGUACGACAGCUACCUGAUGUACAGCAGCGAGGUGAUGAAGUCGCCUGCAGGCUCCAAGACCCCCAGCGUCUCCGGCGAUGAUUACACCAUGAAUGGAAAAUGGGAUACGAGCUUCCAGUUCCCGGGGGGGUCGUCGUCGUCUCGUAACCUGUCGAUUUCUUCGUCUCCGAGGUCGACGCUGAGCCCUAACUACAAAGGGGGUGGCGGCGGCUCCUUCACCACAGAGACAUCCACCACCUACAUGACCGGGCCAGGAGGCUCUCGUAGGACUGAGAUGACGUACGGCGGAGGAGGUGUAAGCCCAGGAGGUCUGGGUGUUGGAGGAGGAGGGUAUAGUGUUGGAGGAGGAGGGUAUAGUGUUGGAGGAGGAGGGUAUAGUGUUGGAGGAGGAGGAGUGCACACAUCAGAAGUCAUCAUGAGGAAGCACUCGGAGAACCGGGCUUACACCGAGGAAAACAUCCGAGACUCCAUCGUGAUGGGAGACUUGACGGGGAAGUUCCCUGAUCCAGGUGGUUUCGGCUACAAUGCGAUGCAGAGCAGCUCUCAGUUCAGCUACAGCCUCUCUCAGGGCUCCAGAGCUCGGACCGGGUCUUCAGACGUCAACGAGGCGCUUUAUAGUCUGGACAGGGUGCUGCAGGACGCUCGUCUCUCUCCGGGGGUCCCGGACACUCCCAGCAGACUGGUAUUCUCGGCUCUGGGCCCAACAGCCCUCAAAGUCAGCUGGCAAGAGCCCCAUUGUGAGAAGGACAUCCUGGGCUACUGCGUUCUCUACCAGCAGAUCAGUGGAGGAGAUGUGAAGCGCAUCAACGUGACGAACCCGGGAGAGAAUGCGGUGCUGAUCCAGGAUCUGCUGCCCAACCAGUCGUACCUGUUCAAAGUGAAGGCUCAGAGUCAGGAGGGCUGGGGGCCAGAGAGGGAGGGAGUCAUCACCAUCGAGUCUGCCGUCGACCCCAUGAGCCCAAUGAGCCCCAUGCCAGGUUCUCCGUUCACACUCAGUACUCCAAGUGCUCCUGGUCCGCUGGUCUUCACGGCUCUGAGUCCAGAUUCCCUGCAGCUCAGCUGGGAAAAACCAAGGAAACCCAACGGCGACAUCCUGGGAUACAUCGUCACCUGCGACCAGCUGCACGGUGGAGGAGACGUCCGCUCCUUCCAGGUGAAUGGCGACAGCUCUGAGACGAGUCUGACCGUCCCGAAUCUGACGGAAAACGUACCGUAUAAAUUCAAAGUCCAGGCCCGAACCACACAGGGCUUCGGACCAGAGAGGGAGGGCAUCAUCACCAUCGAGUCUCAGGACGGAGGCUCUAUGUCUCAGUACAACAGUCAGUCGAUGUCGAGGAGAGAAGUUUUCCAGUUGCCCACAGAUGUCAGUACUCUGACCAACGUCUCCCACACCAUGAUCAACGACCCCUACUACUCAGGUGACGGGAUGAUGAUGACCACGCAGCACAUGGAGACGAGUGGCAUGGUGACCCGGCAGGUCACUAAGGAGGUCGUUCAGAGGAGCGUCAUCGGAGGAUCCACCGUCACCAAGCAGAUGUUUUAUGAAUCUUAAUAACCCAAAAUGUAAAAGCCCAAAUAAUUCAACAUGAUGAGGAAUCAUAUCUGAGAUUCUCUUUUACAAAGAGCGCUCGCACAUAAUCGGUGUAUCUCUCUAUACCUGUGUGUUUAAGCAAGAUUAUGGGACCAAUAGAUGUCUGUUACAAAUUGUGGCCACUUUUCUAUCAAUUUCAACAUUUUUUUUCACAGUUUCUUUUGAUUUUAUUUGUGGUUUCUCACACUUGGGCUUUAAAUCAGCAGUAAUCCGACUGAAUUAAUCCAAAGUGACCAUGUCUCACCCUGUCCUUACGAGGCAUUCAAAGGUAGUCUGUUUUAAAUGCAGAUGGUUCAUCAUUUUUACCAAAAGCAGUCUUAUCAUGAGUAUUAAAGUGGUUUAUCUGGGACUUUUGUUCAUAGAUUUGUAUUAUAUUAAAAGUGCUUUAUUGUUUUUCAAAGUAUAUUUUAUACUUUACAAGAUUUUAACAUAAAUGUACUAUGUGGUUUUUUUUCUGCCGGCUUUUUAACCAGACAAUGAGAAGGGAGAAGUGACGUAGUAUGGGAUCAUGGUAGACUUUAAUGAAUGAUCCAUAUUGGUCUCCUCUCCAAAAGAAAUAUUGAUUGGUAAAAAACACUGAAUAAAGCAGUGUGUUUCAUGGAGAGGCUAGAGCGGAAUGCUAACGUUAGCUUAGCCUUUUCUGUUUCUCUGGUAACUUGUGAUCCAGAUGUUUAGAAGGUUUUUUUUUAAUCAGGAGCCACAUUAUCCUAACAUGUUUCCUCCUCUUGCCUUAGUUAUUAAAACUGGUAAUACACAAUAAAGGAGUUGGUUUUAGGUUCAGUAUUUCAUGGAGAGGCUACGAGCUAAUGGCUAAUGUUAGCUCAGCCUGUUGUUUCUGAUAACUGAAGAUGUUCAGAAGGUUUUUUUAUCAGGAGCCUAACCAUCAUUACAGUUCUCCUCUUCUCGUCUUAAUGAUUAAAACUGUUGAAAUACAGAAUAAAGCAGUUUGUUUUCAAUUCAGUAUUUCCAUGAUAGGCCUAUACAGGAAGGUGGAGAGGCUACGAGCUAAAAGCUAACGUUAGCGCAGCCUGUUUCUCUGAAUACUUAAGAUCCAGACAUUCAGAAGAUUUUAAAUAAGGGGCCAAAUAACCCUCACGGGUCUCCUCUCCCAAACAAGCAGCCCCAGUGAUUAAAAACAGUAAGAACACAGAAUAAAGCAGUUUAGAUGUUAAAAGUCAGUGUUUUCCCAAUGCAGUUUGGAUGCAGCUAACGAUAGCUCAGGUUGUUUCUCUGAUAACUUCAGACCCAGGCUUCCUAUGUCUACGAACCUUCAUCUGGAGUUAGAAAGCACCAAGAUAUUGCAAGUGUGUGUUAAAAAGAUGGCUUGACCUCGAUAAAAAGUCAAUGUAUGACAGCUUCUGGUAAACAAUGCAGACUCGUGCUCAAAGGGGAGAGGAAACACAGAUACCUUCAUUAAAAUGCCCAAUUUCUUGAAAAACAAACACAGGUCCAGUGGUCUUUAAACAUUUUAAUGCAGCAAUGUAAUAAAUGAUACCUUUAAGCAGACUGACAUUAAAUGUAAUGCCAAAUAUUGAGUUUUAUAUGCACAUUUCCUACUGACACGCAUGAUUUUACAAUACUCACACAUGAUCAAAAACCUUUUUUAAAGAUGUUUUAUACUUAGAAAAUGUGGUACUGCUUUAAGUGGAUAUGCGUUCUUACUCUGCAAGGCUUUUUGUAUUUUUGCAUUUUAAAUAGAUAAACUUUUAAGGAAUUUAAGAGACAUGGUAUGUAAAGACGGAAAGAUUGUAUGUGCUUCAACGCAACUCCUACUGUAUUUUGGCUUCACAUUGAUGGUUGAAAGGGAUUCUGUAAACAUAUUUUGAGAGGGGUUUUCAGUAAGAAAACUUGAUGUGGACACGUGUUUGAACAUUCACCAAAAACACUCAGUUUCAUUUAACAACAUGCAUGACUUACCUUUAAACAGUUGAGCACUUCUUUUGUAUUCUAUUGCAAAAAAUAAAGAUUUAAAACAAAUACA